AUGACAAUUGUAAUUAUGGAUCUGGAUCAUAGUGAAGACAACAUUAAUAUAACAAAGUAUUUUGAAGAAUCUUAUAAUAAGGAUGUUAGUGAUAUAGCUAACAAUAUAGAGUCAUUAUUUUUAAAAGAAGGUGACUCAUUUGAUGACUUUGAUAAAGCUAAAAAAAAAGGUGUUCCUUCUAUGACAAAUACAACUACUAUUUUUCUUUCUAUUGAAUCUUUAGCUAAAUGUUACCUGAGACUAAAUGUUGCAAACUUUUUAGUUGAACAAAUGAAGAAAAGCUUAUAUUACACUACUAGUUGUGCUACAGUUGAAGAAAUUGAAUCACUUACCUCUUACGAAUCUUCACAAAGCAAAGAUAUAGAUGAUAAGUCUAAUGCUAUUGUUUAUGAAACAGAAGAAAUUACUAAUGUUGAUUUUAUUGAUGAAAUGCUUUUUUAUGGAAAAGCUUGGGGUCUUGCAUGUACUGCUAUAAACAAAUACAUAUUACAUCAUGAUAAUAAGUUUAUUCUGUUAAUUAAGAAUUAUUUAAAUAAGAUUUACAUUAAAGAGGAAGAAUUAGUUAGAUCACAAGAAGAAAUAGUGGCCUUAACUAGUCAAAAUGUUGCUGAAAGUACAGAAGAUAGUAUGAUCCAACUUGAGAAUCCUCAGAAAGUAGUUGGUAGAGGAAGACCAAAAGCUGCAAGUCAUUAUAAUAAGAAUAUUACGAAUAUGACAUUACAAGAAACAAGUAAAAAAAAACAUGAGCAGUAUACUUGUAGAUUUUGCAAAGAGUCAGGCCAUAAUAUUGCAACUUGUCUGAAUAAAUCAUAA